AUGUACCACUUUCGUUGCUGCACCUUCCUCAGGUAUACAAGUUUCAUUCAACCUGUCACCGCAUCCAAGCUAUACAAUGAUGUUAAGUCGCACAAAGAUCUUGUGCACUUCGAAACGGCUUACGUUGUCAAACUCCACCGUGUAGCAAGGCUUUCUCCCUCCCAACCCGUUUUUACAUUCACCCAUCCAAAUUACUCAACUAAGAAAAGCAAUCAUCGCUAUAAGAAGCUUCAAUUUGAGAUAUCCCGUGACACUGGAUCAGCUAUGGUUCAUGGUAUGUG